AUGUAUUUAAGAUGCGAGGUCUCCCAUUCUACUGUGAAGACCAACCUGCCGCUUACCUUGAAGAGCCGUCGUGACCAUAGGGCCUCCUUCUUCACAAACCUUCACUGUCGCCAACUCAAACCUCGAAAGAUUCUUCGACCCGAGAAAAUGUAUCUAGCAGUUCGAUACGCCAAGAAGAAAUACCGCCAGCAUCGUGGACAACCUCCCUCCUCAGCGGAGUUCAUCCAGCCAUGUUUCCUCCUCCCCCCUUACACCCUCCAAGCACUCGACACGACAAUCAUCGCCUCUGCCUUGCCCUCCAUAGUUUCAGACUUUGACCAAAAAUCCCAACUAAACUGGCUCACCACCUCCUUCAACCUCCCCUCCGCUUCCUUCCUCCCCCUCUGGGCCCAGCUCGUCGACAUUUUCGGCCGGUAUCCCUCCCUUCAGCUUUCCAUUCUCAUCCUGACGGUCGGCUCGGCAAUAUGCGCCGCUUCCCCUUUGGCCUCCUCUGCGGGAUGGGGAGUGAUGUUAUUCGGAAGAGGGGUGCAGGGGGUGGGAGCGGCGGGUAUGAGUGUUUGUGUCAGGACUAUACUGGCUGACAGAGUAAGCCUGGCUGAGUACGCCAAGACCUGGACCCUCUUCGCGGUGUUUACUGCUGUUGGGUUUAGGGUUGGGCCUGUGGUAGGUGGGUUUCUGAGUCGGGGGAGGGAGGGGUGGAGGUGGUGCUUUGGGGUUAAUGUACCGGUUGGAGCGGUGGGGAUGGGGGUUGUGUUGUUUCUUUCGGGGAUGGGGCUGUUGAUUUUGGGACUUACGUGGGCGGGAGGGGAGUAUGCAUGGGGGUCUGUUGCUGUGGUUGUGCCGUUGGUGGCUGGAGGGGUGUUGACGGUUGGGUGGGUGGGAUAUCGGUGGGCGAUGGUGCCAGGGAGGAAACUGGCCAGAGUGUUUCCGAGGCAGAGAGCGAUGAUGCCUUGGGGGUUGCUGGUGCGGAAGGAUAUCGGGUUGCUGUUUGCGGCGAUGUACUCGGUGAUGUACUUCAUGGACAUUUACUUUGUCGAGGUCAUGGGGCAUGAUUCGAGUGGUGCUGGGUUGGCUUUGCUGUAUUUUCUGCCUGGGAUGGGAGUUGCAGCUGGCGUGUACAUGGCCAUGUUCUGGAUCAAUGUCUGGCCUCGCCAAACCUUGCCUGCGUUUUUGCUGGGAACGGUCACUUCAGCAGUUGCAAUCUCCGUUCUGCCUUAUGCGUGUUGGACCGAGAAAACCAGCGUCGUCUACGGCAUGAUGGCACUUGCCGGGUUCGGCGUGGGCACAAACACAAACCCCGGAUCGUUGCAUGGACUGGCAUAUUUUCCACACAUGACAGCUGCCAUCACCUGCAUUGUCACGUUUGCUGUUCCUUUUGGAGGUACGAUUGCCUUGACCAUCAUGUCGACUGAGGGAAGCCAUGAGGUGGUCCAUGGUGCCUGGUUGUGGAGCAUUGUUCGGGGUCAAAGGCUUGAGAAGGCGAAGAUGGCAGGUGCACGGGAUGAGUCUGGUCUACCUCUUGUUCCAUUGAGUGAGAGAGAACCUUUACGAAGCUCCCUAUUUAUCUUACCAGCACCCUCCCCCACACCCCCCCCCCUCCAUACCUAUUAA